GCAAAGCAUCAGCUGGAGAAGUGAGGUUAGAUUUGUCUGAAAGAAAAGUAAACAUAAACAAUAAUUAUUCUGUUUCUUUAUUAAUUAUUUACUCCGAUUCCUAUUAAAUUGGAGCUGUUUUCGAUAUAAUGCAAGAUUCCAAAAGAUUCUGGGCCUUGGCCCAGCAAAUUUUUCCAAUAUUGAACGAUACAGUCUGCCAACAACAAGAAACCGAAGUUUUAAAGACUGACUUUGAACAACUUUGCAAUUUCAUGCAAGAAAAUCUACUGCAAGACACGUUCCAGCAAUUGGUAAUGAAUAAAAUCGAAAAAAGGCUGCGUCAAGAAGUGGUACCGGAAUUCUGGUCCCAUUUUGAACAGAGUGAAAACAAGGGUCUAAAGCAGUUUUACAAUGCAGUCAAAGCACUUUAUGAUAACUAUCAGCAGUUGGAAAAGGUGAUAGGAAAGCUAAUUGCUUUUGCUAAAUUCGCUAAAGUUUCUCAAAUACCUUAUCAAGAAAAAUCCCUUCAAAAUGCCUUAAAAUUAAGCCUAAAGGCCACUUUACUGGGCCAAUUGCAUGUAGAUUAUCAAACAGUUACAAUGAACUUUUACGAAAUUGCUCUGAAGAUGGAAGACUCAGAUGAGAACAGUUCAGAUGCUAUGUGUAUUGGGUGUGCUCAAGAGAGUUCCAAUUGCAAUUGUUUGCAUUUGUUUCAGGAGACAAACAGGAAAUUGGGUAAAAUGUUUCUGUUGGAACCACUAAUAGGCCAAACCUUGACCAAUUUAAGUUACAACUACAUCCACAAUCACAUCCAGAAGAUUUGCAAAGAUAACUAUGACUCAUUUAUAGCCAGCUUGGAGAAGUGGUUACACUCUGUGGUUAUAGUAUGGCUGAAGAAAAUCUACUAUUUUGACGCUUCAAUAUCACUAGACCAAUCAAUGGAAAUGUUUGAAAAAAAGCUGGUCAAUUACUUGUACAACAGCUACACUAAAAUCAGAAUAGAUCAGCUAUUUAAUAUUGUAAUUGAAUAUCCCGAAUCAUUACCAGCACUUGAAGACAUCCGUUUGUGCUUACCACGCACUGACUUAAAACAACUACUAACCAAAAAAUGCCAAAAAGCUAUGGAAACUCGAUUGCUACAUCCUGGUGUUAGUACCACCGACAUUCUCACAGCAUAUGUAGCAACCAUAAGAUCAUUAAGAGUCUUAGACCCUACUGGUCUACUACUAGAAACUGUCACUUAUCCAAUUCACCAAUAUUUACGAAGCCGUGAAGACACUGUAAGAUGUGUAGUCAGUAGCUUAACAGAAGAAGGCCCUAAUGAUUUGGCAGAAGAACUAAACAGAGGAGAGGCUGUAGACGAAAAUGCUCCAGUAAAUGAAGGCGAUGAGCAUUGGGAAACUUGGACACCCGAUCCUAUUGAUGCUGUUUCUUCAUCGAAAAAAGCCUCAAAAGACUCAACAAUCAACCACAGAACUGCAGACAUUAUUUCAAUGCUAGUAAACAUUUACGGCAGCAAAGAACUCUUUGUCAAUGAAUACAGAACCCUUUUAGCUGACAGAUUAUUGUCCCAAUACAACUGCGACACCGAAAAAGAAAUUCGUUACCUGGAACUCCUCAAAUUGCGUUUCGGUGAUUCGCAUUUGCACUUUUGCGAAGUAAUGCUCAAAGACAUUGGAGACUCAAAGCGAAUAAAUCAAAGAAUCAAAGAAGACAGCGAUUAUAGUGAAGACGAAAUUCCCCUUUCAACCAUGAUUGUUUCCCAGCAAUUUUGGCCUCCCUUCAAAGACGAAAAGCUAGAAUUGCAUCAUCAAGUCCUAAAGCAAAUGAAACAGUUUACUGAAGGAUUUGAAACGUUGAAAGGCAGCAGGACUUUGUGCUGGAAGAAUCAUUUAGGAAUUGUCAAUAUUGAAAUUGAAUUGAAUGAUAGGACUUUGAAUUUGUCCGUGUCGCCGGUGCAAGCGACAAUUAUGAUGCAUUUUCAGGAUAAAGGCACGUGGGAGUUGGAAGAGCUCAGUAAAACGAUGCAAUGUCCGGCUACGAUUUUGCGACGCAAAAUCGGAUUUUGGUUGUCGCACGGCAUUCUAACUGAAACCAAGUUGGACGUGUUUUCAGUUCAGGAAGUAAAGGAAAAUAAAAAUUCCGCUCCUGAGGAUUUUUACGUGGAAGAUUUCGAGUCUGAAUCUGCUAUGGCCAGCGCUCAAGAUCAGAAAGAGGAAGAAUUACAAAAUAUUUGGUCGUAUAUCAUUGGAAUGCUAAUGAACCUGGACAGUUUGGGGCUCGAGCGAAUUCAUCACAUGCUUAAAAUUUUCGCCUUUCAAGGCCCCACCACCACCGAGUGCAGCCAAUCCGAGUUAAAAUCGUUUUUAGACAGGAAAGUGAGAGAAAGACAGUUAAUUUAUUCAAACGGAUUGUAUAAAUUACCCAAAUAAUGUCAAUUUUUAAACUCCUAAUUAGUCUUUUGUUAUUUUGAAUAUUGGAAACAAAUAUAGGGUGUUCCACGA